AUGCAAGAAGCAAAGACCAACACCUUGCAAGACACUACCAGGGAAGACCACUACAACAACUGGCCCAACGUCCGAGGAUUUGACGCCAACUACGAGCAAAAAGCCCCCGUCGAGCUCACUGUCAAAGGGCAAAUCCCCGCAUACGCAGCUGGAAUUCUCUACCGCACCGGACCAGGAAGAUAUAAGGUCGAUGCUGAGAACGGCGAGACACUUUCCCUCACGCACUGGUUCGAUGGGUUUAGCGAAACGCACCGAUUCCAACUGGUGGCGCCAGACGAGAAUGAGACACACCCACACGCCUCGAUGCGCGUCUUCUACAACUCUCGCUUCUCGACCGACGACAUGAUCGAAAACGCGAGACAGACCGGCAAGGUGAAAGGAACAGGCUUCGGACAGAAACGAGACCCCUGCCAGACGGUGUAUCACAAAGUCCAAACCGACUUCGAGCCCGUGGCACCUCCGACCCCUUCGUCGGUCAACGUUGGUGUCACCCUGAGCAUCAACAUGCCAGGACUCGCUACCGAUCGACCCAAUUGUAUUAGUAGGAGUCGUUGGGAUACUUCCGCCGGCAUCAAGACGUUGACCGCAAAGACCGACCACAACGUCUACAAACACCUCGACCCCGAGACCCUGGAGCCGAUCAGCCUUUCGAGACAACAGGACCUCCAUCCAGGCCUGACUGGCACGAUGACGGCCUCGCACGCCCGCUCCGACCCUAAUACCGGCGACGUGUUCAACUACAACCUCACCGUCGGCAGUUCCACCUCUACCUAUCGCGUCUUCCGUGUUUCGGCCUCGACCGGUGCAACCUCCAUCCUGGCCUCCUUCCCAGGAACUCCCGCCUACCUGCACUCGCUCUUCCUGACAGGGGACUUCGUCGUGCUGUGCGUCUGGAACGCCCACGUCGCCCACCGCGACUACUUGGCAACCACCAGCCUCCUCGACUCCAUCCAGCCCUUUGACGCCUCCAAGCCCGCCACCUGGUACAUCGUAGACCGCAAGUCCGACAGGGGUCUCAUCGCCACCUACGAAAGCCCGGCCUUCUUCUCCUUCCACGCCAUCAACGCAUGGCAGGAGACCACCGCCGACGGCAAGACAGAUAUCGUCGCCGACCUGAUCAUGUUCGACAGCCUCGACUUCAUCCACUCCCUGUACUACAACACUCUUCUCUCCGAUUCCCCCGCCGCAAAGGCCGUCCGGACCGGGAGAACAGACUCCACGCGCUCCACCAUCGCCCGGUUCCGUCUCCCUGCUGUGCCUACCACCUCCACCCCAACACCAACUUCAACUUCCGAACCCCUGACCGCAACACUCGAAUCAUCUCUCUGCAAGUCCCUCUCGCCGGAACUCCCAACCCUGAACCCGAAAUACGUCACCCGCAAGCACCGCUACGUGUACACCGUGUCAGACCGCGGCGAGUCGACGUUCUUUGACGGUAUCAUGAAAUUCGACACCGAGACCCAGGAGGCUCUUCUUUGGGCUCAUCAUGCCCAGUCCCCCGGGGAGCCAAUCUUCGUCGCGGACCCCGAUGCCACCAGUGAGGAUGAUGGCGUGCUGCUGAGUGUUGUCCUGGAUGGACUGACCGGGAAGAGCUAUCUCCUCUGCCUGUAUGCCCGUAAUCUGGUUGAGUUGGGCAGAGCGAGUGUCGAUGGGCCUGUUGCGUUCGGGUUUCAUGGUCAGCAUGUUCCUGUUCGUGGGACUCCUACUGGUGAUUAUUAGGUGGUCUUUGGAGUAUCGUCUGCAAUGUGGGGAUUUGUUUUGCAGUCCGUGCUGAUUUUGUGUUUCUUGCUUCCUUUGGUGAUUCUGUUCCACUGUAUCUAUUGCUUUCUGUUCCGG